UCGUGUGUGUGGCUCGCUCUGGGCAUUUCCCACUCGCCUCUUCACGUGCAAUGACAAAAGAUCAUAGCUAGCGCUAGGGUUCUCCCCGAAUGGCUACAGAGCUAAAGGAUUUCGUUAGAAACAAUGGAUCCCACAGUUCGAACGAUGACUCGCCUGGCGUCGGACCAGACCAGUCAGGGAAAGCCGAGCAGCCGUUGCUCGAAUCGGAAUCAACUACCUCAAAAUCACAGUCGGCAGGCUGCAUCGUCUCUGCGAAUCUUGAUGACAUGGAGAAGAAGUAUGCUGCCUUCGUGCGGAGGGAUGCGUACGGCAUCAUGGGACGUGGGGAGCUGCCGAUGGUGGAGAAGUUCCUGCUCGGGAUCGCGAUGGUGACGCUCGUGCCGAUCCGACUUGUUGUGGGGAUAUGCAUCUUGGUGAUGUACUAUGUGAUCUGUCGGUUCUGCACUCUCUUUUCGGCUCCGAAUGGAGAGGACGAACAGGAAGACUACGCGCACAUGACUGGGUGGAGGAGGGAUGUUGUCGUGCAUUGUGGGAGGUUUUUAUCGAGGGCCAUGCUGUUUAACUUUGGGUUUUAUUGGAUCGAAGAGACUCGAUUGUAUUUGUCUGAGGAUGAGCAAAGUGAGCAAACUGAUGAAUUCAAAAGAGCAGGGGUGAUUAUAUCGAACCAUUUAUCGUAUUUGGAUAUCCUUUAUCACAUGUCAUCUUCUUUUCCAAGCUUUGUUGCAAAGAGAUCAGUAGCCAGGCUUCCUCUUGUCGGGAUAAUUAGCAAAUGCCUUGGCUGUGUCUUUGUACAGAGAGAGUCGAAAGCUUCUGAUUUUAAGGGCGUUUCAGGUGUUGUAACAGAAAGGAUUCAAGCGGCCCAUCUAAAUAUUCAUGCUCCAAUGAUGUUACUUUUUCCAGAAGGCACUACUACAAAUGGUGACUACCUUCUUCCAUUUAAAACGGGUGCCUUUCUAGCAAGGGUGCCAGUUCUUCCAGUAAUUCUAAGGUACCCUUACCAAAGAUUUAGUCCGGCAUGGGAUUCUAUAUCUGGGUUACGACAUGUGAUCUUGCUUCUUUGUCAAUUUAUCAAUUAUAUUGAGGUGACCCGUUUGCCUGUGUAUUACCCUUCUGAUGAAGAGGAGGGGGAUCCUAAACUUUUUGCUAGCAAUGUUCGAAAGUUGAUGGCUUCUGAGGGAAAUUUGAUACUUUCAGACAUUGGUUUACCAGAGAAGCGAAUCUACCAUGCCGCGCUGAAUGGUAAUAGUCUCCCUCGUGUUUUACAUCAGAAAGAUGAUUGAAAACUCAUGCUCUCAUGGUGGUUAGUCUAUAUUACUUGUUUUAGUGAAGAUGAACAACUAUGCAUGUUCUGUUGUAAGUUCUUCCUCCAUUAUUUUAUUUAGAAAGGCUUUCAUGCCUUUUGAGUCUACAUGAACCAUGUUCAUAAGUUCUAUGGUCUGGAGUCCUGUACAGUUUGAUGAAUUGUAGAGAACAUACAUUGUUGUGUUGAACAUGAGCCAUAA